CGAGAUCAAGUUUCCGCCGGUUCUGGCUCGAAGUGGCACCGAGCAGCCGUCCACACGAGAAGUCCGACUGCUGAAGCGAACAGUCCGCUUGAUCCACAGUCUGUCAUUCCAAGCCCUUUAGCUUUUCCAACUAUUGCUUUACCGAUUUCCAUGGCGCUCAAGAGUCGAGCCUUCCUUUCACUCAACGAGCGUGUGGCAUUUCUCCGUCUCCUGCUCCGUUGGCAGGCGUCCAUCUGGAAGCUAUUGUUGUGGGAUUUAUUCGUCUUUCUGGUCGCCUACAUCGGCAUCAGCCUGCUCUAUCGCAGGGUCCUUUUGUACCACGAAGGUCUGCGGGCCGGUUUCGAGGGGUUUGUCCACUACUCAAAGAAAAUCUCCUCCAUCGUGCCGAUCAGCUUCCUGCUCGGCUUUUUUGUCUCCACGAUCCUACAACGCUGGUGGAUCUUCGUGCACAAACUGCCACUCAUGUCUGGUCCGGCCUUCGUGACGCACGCAUUUGUCGGCAGCGAAGAGCAGAUGCUGGAGAGGACUGGCUUUCGCAUUCGACGCGCCCUCAUCCGCUACAUGAACCUGUCAUGGAUACUGCUGAUGAUCGGGUUGAGCUGGGAGAUCAAGAAUCGUUUCAAGCCGCGCAUCAACUAUCCGGCCUUCGUGAUGCCCUACUUCCAGACCGCUCCGAGAGCCGGCAGAUCUGUAUGUCUCCCGAAGAUCAGCGAGACAGAGCCGGCUAUGUUGGUUGGGGGGCGACUGGGCCGAGGACAAAGAAAUAGCUCCAUUUUCGGAAGUAUCCUCAGGCGCGAAGUGUCGCCGUCACGCGGCAGCGCCAUUAUCUCCGCGGCUGGAAGCGGCAGUUUCCGAGAGUCUGAGGCAGCAGGACCAUCUGUGGAGAAGCAGAUGCCUCUGCCGAUGCGAUCGAGGAAGUUGCCUCGUGUCGGGGUGACUCGCUGUAUGGAGUUGAUAAAUGGCGAUCCGGUGGUUCGUCGCCACUUCGGUCAGUUGAUCACGCAAGAGGAGAUCGACGUGUUUGUCAGGCGUGAGGAGAUGCAAGAGUGGACAGUGGGUUGA